UUUACGUUAAUUAGUGACGUAAUUAUUAAUUUACGUAAUUAUUGAUUUGUGACGCAAUAGAUUUUAUAAAUUGUUUGUGAUUGAUGUAAUUAUAAAUGCUUGUUCAUUGGAGCUAAUUAUUAAUGGUAAUUGACCUGUGUCGUUUUUAUAAUUAGCUGUCAUAAAUUCAUUAUCUAAUUAGUUAUUGUAUUGAUUAGAUUUUUAAUUGUAAUUAUAAUGAUUAGUUGAUCAUUAUCAUUAGUCAUCAAUAUAAUUAUCAAUUAGAACAACACAUGGCACUAAUUAUAUCAAACGAUAUUCUUAUAGUAUAUUAUACAAUACUUGCUAAUACGCAGCAUUUGAAUUGCCCUCAAUGACAACUUGAGCGUGUCACGUCCUAAUACGUAGCAUUUGUCACGCCUUCAGCAGCUCUUGAGAGUAUUACGUCCUAAUUUGUAUUAUUUGACUUGCCUUGAACUACACUCGAGAGUAUUGCGUCCUAAUACGUAGCAUUUCAGAAGCCCUUGAGGGUAUCACGUCCUAAUACGUAGCAUUUAACAAGACUUCAAUAACACUCGAGACUAUCACGUAAGAGGUAGCAUUUGACUUGACUUUAACACUCUUAAGUGUGUCACGUCCUAAUACCUAGCAUUCGACUCGCCUUCAGCAGCCCUUGAGAAUGUCAUGUCCUAAUACGUACCAUUUGACUUGCCUUCAAUAACACUCAAGACUAUCACUUCCUAAUACGUAGCAUUUGACUCGCCUUCAACAACACUAGAGUGUCACAUCCUAAUACGUACCAUUUGACUCGCCUUCGAGACUAUCGCGUCCUAAUACGUAGCAUUUGACUCGCCUUCAGCAUCACCUUGAGACCGUCACGCCCUAAUAAGUAUCAUUUGACACGCCUUGAACAACACUCGAGACUAUCACGUCCUAAUACGUAUCAUUUGACACGCCUUGAACAACACUCGAGACUAUCACGUCCUAAUACGUAUCAUUUGACUCUCCUUCAGCAUCACCUUGAGAGUGUCACGUCCUAAUACGAAGCAUUUGACAUGCAUUGAACAACACUCGAGACUAUCGCGUCCUAAUACGAAGCAUUUGACUUGCCUUCAAGACUAUCGCGUCCUAAUACGAAGCAUUUGACUCGCCCUAAAGUCUAUCACGUCCUAAUACGUAGCAUUUGACUUGCCUUCAACAACACUCAAGACUAUCACUCAAGACUAUCACUUCCUAAUACGUGACAUUUGACUCGCCUUUAGCAUCACCUUGAGACUGUCACGUCCUAAUACGUAUCCCUCUCUCGGCAGUGUCCAGCCAGGAGGAGGUGGUACGUCGAGCGCAGGGCGAGAUGCUGGCCCUCAAGACGUCUUCGGAUAACAAAGUCGACAAGCCCCUCCUGCGCAACCUCAUGGUCGGCUACUUCGCGACGCCCCCAGACAAACGUCCCGAGGUCCUCCGCAUCCUGGCCGAAGUCCUGGAUUUCUCCUCCGAGGAGAGGGCCAGGACGGGCCUCCUCGCUCACGAAGGGGGAGGGUCUUGGCUCUCGUCCCUGGCCCACUUCCUGGCGCCCCCUGCCAGCAACGUGAGGGUGACGUCCAGGGUGGAUGUGCUCGAUCACACGUCCCUCUCGCAAGCUUUCAUCCGAUUCCUCGAGGACGAGUCCAAUCCGCAGCCUCACCCCCCCCGUUUGCCAGCCGUAGAGAUGGCAGAGGACACGGAGAGGAAGAAGAAGAGGAGGGAGAGUGAGAUGAUUCUCCCCAUCGCCUCCAUCGCGGCCGAACAGCGCGCCGCGGCCGAACACCAGAGGGCCAACCUCAACUCGUCCCCGUUGCUGGCCGCGGCCUCCACCAGCCCCGGCCCAUCCCCCACCUCACCCCACACCUCCGGCCUCCCCACCAUCACCACUCCCCUCUCUGGGAGCUCCAUGCCCCUAUCCGGAGCGUCCCUGUCCCUAUCUGGAGGGUCCCUAUCCCUAUCUGGAAGCCCCUCCCUGCCCCUAUCUGGAAGCCCCACCCUGCCCCUAUCCGGAGCGUCCCUGCCCCUAUCCGGAGCGUCCCUGCCCCUAUCCGGAAGCCCCCAGGGCGAGGACGAGGUCUCCAGGGGCCUCCUCCCGAGCCCCGUGGACCUCCUGAAGGGGUCGUCCUCGGGAGCGAGCAACCGGUUCCUCAGCAACCUCUUGAAGGACUCCCUCGAGGGGGAGGUUGAUCACAGUAAUUAAGGAGAGAGAGAGGAGGAGGAGGAGAGAGAGAGGAAGGAGGAGAGAGUGAGGAAGGAGGAGAGAGUGAGGAAGGAGGAGAGAGUGAGGAAGGAGGAGAGAGAGAGGAGGAGAAAGAGGAAGG